CUGGUUGGAUCACGACGACGACGACGACGACGACUCCCACUUAUCUACGGACGUCUGAACGGUUAUCAUGUCUGUCAGCCGUGUGUCGCAGGUUUUAUUCUCGCGCGUGUCUCACGCGGCUCGCAAACCACAGCAAUUCGUUACGCCCGCCAUCAGGUAUUAUUCCUGUCAAGCUGGCAGUUACGAGUUUAUUAAGGUGGAGACUGCGGGUGAAAAGAAGAAUGUAGGCGUUGUCAGCUUGAACAGGCCAAAGGUCUUAAAUGCUCUGUGCGAUCAAUUAAUGUGUGAAGUAAAUCAUGCCUUGGAACAUUUAAAUUCAGAUGCAUCCAUCGCCGCCAUCGUUAUUACCGGAAAUGAAAAAGCAUUCGCUGCUGGUGCCGACAUCAAGGAAAUGAAGGAUAAUUCAUACGCAUCGAACCUGAGGCAAAACUUCAUAUCUCACUGGAACGGAGUUGCCAAAAGCAGGAAACCUUUAAUCGCUGCUGUCAACGGUUACGCUCUGGGUGGAGGGAACGAGCUCGCAAUGAUGUGUGACAUUAUUUACGCCGGCGAGAAAGCCAAGUUCGGCCAACCAGAAAUCGCUAUCGGUACGAUUCCCGGAGCAGGCGGCACCCAGCGGCUACCCAGGGUCAUCGGCAAAAGUAAGGCGAUGGAAAUGGUACUCACUGGCAACAUGAUCUCCGCGGAGGAAGCAGAGAGAAGCGGUUUGGUCAGCAAAAUCUUUCCAGCUGAUAAACUCGUCGAAGAAGCCAUAAAAUUGGGCGAAAAAAUCGCAUCUCACUCACCGUUGGUUGUGACGAUAGCGAAGGAAGCUGUAAAUGCUGCAUACGAAACUACAUUGCAGCAGGGACUUCUGUUUGAAAAGAGAAUGUUUCACAGCACUUUCUCCCUGGCGGAUAGAAAGGAAGGAAUGACGGCUUUUCUGGAAAAGCGCACGCCGAUUUAUACAAAUCAGUAGAUUCACCUCUACCUGCAAGGGAAGAGAUGCAAAGUGUUAAUGAAUAUUUUUGAAGUUAUUUUUAUACAUUUUUGUAAGGAGAAUUUAUGUAACAUGUCUUUCGCUUAGCUGACUGACUUUAUCAAACCGAACUUCCAUCGCUAUCGUCACAACCAACGGUGAGUGAGAUGCGAUUUUUUCACCUAAGAUCUUCCUGACCAAACCUAGAUAAAUAAGAUAAAAAAGAUGAGACUUAAUUUUAAACAGUAAAAAAGUAAAACUAGUUUGAGACUUGGUUGAUUAAAAUCUAAGAAAAUAAAUCAGGCCAAUGAACUGAGCUAUUUCUUAAUGGUUGAAACUUCCUCUCUCUUUCUCUCUCUCUAAAAAAGAAAAUGUUCGUCAGUUAAGAGAUUAGAUAUGAAAUAUUACCCGUUAUAUUUGUUACAACAUAUACAUAUGUAUGUUGCAAUAAACUUUUGCAAGAAACGAUGCAAUAAGUGGCGUAACGUCUAACUGCAAGAACAAGUGGAACGUC